AUGACGAAGAACUGGACACUGACAGAUUUCAGACCGCAGGAAAUGACACGUGGCUAUGUGGAGCUGAUGAGUCGCCGGCAGGGAGAGUUGGACUCUUUAGUUGCCGUUGGUUACCGCUCUGCUCUGACAGAAGAAAGGCGGCGCUAUUGUUUUCUGGUGGACCGUCAAUGUUCCGUCACCAAGAUCCUCGUCAACUACCACUGCAAGGUGAGAGAGCUGUUGUCUCAGAAGCUGACAUCAUGGCAACAGUCAUGUGCCCAGCCAACCAAACUACCAGAACGAGCCCUGAACCUGUUGCGUCACACUGCCCCCCAGAGCUCUGGAGGAGCUGGACUAGCGGAGGUCCUGCGGAACGCUAAACUGGGAAUCUCUCAACCUGGAGAACAAAGGCUGUCUAUUCAGGAAGUCCCACCUCUGUCGAACGGUGACAGCAGCAGCCGUUCUCAGCAACAGCAGCGGUCGUCCCAGUCUGACAUUCUCUCCCAGUCUCUCGUCGGCAACACGUCUCAGCAGAAUGGGAAUGCCCACUCCAGUUCUUCCACUAGCCUUGCCCACUCCCAGCCAGCAGUGAGCAUGGCCGGGUUACAGACUUCUCUCUCAGUUAGCCACACCUCCACAUCCUCCCACGGUUCCCUGCAGGGCCUGACUCCACCUCUAACAGCCCCCCACAGCCCUCCGCUCCCCCACAGCGCCCCUAUGUCCCGCGCACUCACACCUGUCCUGUCCACAGCCCAUCACGCAGUGUCCAGCUCUCCCAGUGCUCCUAAUGUGCUGAAGGGUCCAGAGCUCUACGGCACAUCCACACUGCCACUGCCGAGGAGACAGAGUAGCGACGCUCGGACGGGAUUCUUGGGCUCCACUCUUCCCCGUGUGCUGCCUCUCUGUGGGCCGUCCCGUGUGGAGGCUCUGUUCCCUCACUCCACAGACUCCUCGGAGGGAGAGAAGGGAGGAGCUUCAUGUCUGCUGUCCUUCCUGCCCGGAGACACUCUUUCCCUGCUGAUCAGUGAACCCAGAGACGGCUGGCACUACGGCCAGAACGAGCGAACUGGACGAAAAGGCUGGUUUCCCGUCUCCUACACACAGACUUAUCCAGACACUCCGGGACAAGACGUCAGCGCUCUUCCCCUGUCGAAGGUGAACAGCACCAGCAUGGGGCAGCUGGACAGGCUUCCUCCCGCUGGUCAGCUACAGCAGGCCUCUCCUGAUUCAGAGGAUGAGAGGAGUGUAAUAUCUCAGCGGGUCAGCACCUUCAGACCACGACCCUACAGCAUGAUGAACCCCGAAACCAGCAGGAUGAGCCCACGACUGCGCCUGAAGGACAUGAUGUCCAGCGAUUUCACCUCUCCACCGCCAUCACCCACCAGGAUCAAUCCCUUCGCCCAUAUCCGACUCAGGAAGACGGUGACCAAUGAUCGCUCCGCCCCGGUAAUAUAACAGAGCCUUUGAUUGACAACCACAGAUGCUGACUGGAAUAAGGUCACUGAUGCCUAAUGCUUUGAACCUUUGAUAUGCAACACUUUUGCCAACAGAAACACAUUUAGACAGUAACCAAUAGGAUUAAAGCGCAGAUAAAUGAUAAAAUAGCAUUUAGAACAUCAAAUGAAUAUUAUAUAUGUAUUACAUUAUAAGAUAAUGAAAUAUUUCAAGGGUUUUUAUGUUAUUUGGUAUGAGUGCACAUGGAAUAGAGAGGGGGAAAUCUGAUCUAUAACAUUUGAAUUCAUGUUAUGGAUGACAGUGUUUUAAAAGCAUGUCUUUUUAUGUGUGUGUUACAAUACAGCAUCACAUUAGUUUAGAACAGCGAUUAACUCACGUUUACAAUAAGCUGUUUAAAACGUGCAUUCACUCGAUCACUUUUGAGCAUCUCGACGCUCUGUUAUCAAACAUAUCUCAGAGUAUGCAUUUAUUUUUAAUCAUUUUAACUGUCUUAGACUUCUUAGAUUUCUUAUCCUGUUGUCCCCUCUAUAGGCCAUGGUCAAGCUUAAAGGAAUAGUUGACUUAAAAACGUGCUCACCCUCAAGUUAUUACAAACCUGUAUGAAUGUCUUUCUUCUGCUGAACACAAAGGAAGAUAUUUUGAAGAAUUUCAUUUUUCAUUGUUAAAAUUGUCAUCUUUAAGCGUCAUGGCAGAACAUCAAAGUCGACUAGUCUGCGCAACCCUUAAUAUAUAUAAAGGAAUAGUUCAUCUAAAUGUAAAUUCUGUCAUUUUUUACUCACUGCCAUGUCUU